AUGAGUUCACAAACUUUAUUGGUUGAUUUCCCAGCGGUUGUCAAAUCCAAAGUGUUGGAAAAAUUGGACCUCUUUUCUAUUUUAAAAUUACGCAAAGUCUGCUAUAAUCUCCGCCAGUUUAUUGAUGAGAACCCACCGAAAUUUAACAGAUGUGCAGUUGAAGUCACUACUACGCCUGGAGAAUGCAUAUCAAUUAAUAUGAAAUCACCUGAAAUAGUUAGUCUUGUUUUCCGUCCAGAUGGAAAUGGUUGUAAAAUGGAAUGGAAAGUGUCUUACAAAGUUCGCAAGGUAGUGGUGGAAAUGGGAAACUAUAUUGAUGUGUUUUUGAGAGAACUCGAAGGAAUUAUGAAAUAUCACUGGAGACCAGUAUUGAAAUCUUUUUCAAUUCAGCAAUUUGAAUGGGGUGUUCGUAGAGAAGUGUCGGAAGAAUUGACGAGAAUAGGAUGUGUUCAUACUGAUGAAGUGGUUUUUGACGGAUGUUCUCUUGACCAGAUUGCCGCUUUUUUACCAUUUUUCAACUCUGAUGAUUUGAACAAAAUUAGAAUUAAAGACCUCUUCAAACAGGAAAAGGAAGACCAGGAGGAUGACAUCAGAAUGUUAAAUUUGCAAAAAAUCAAACAGUCAGAGCAGUGGAAAAACUCUAAACACGUGAAAAUUGAAGCAUGGGAUUUUUAUGUUAAAAUUCGAGAUUUUUUAAAUUUCGAGCAAGUUGAAAUUAAAUGUGAAAUGAUGUCAGUUCAAGAUAUCAUUUUAAUAAAAGAAAGUUUCCUGACGUCUUCAAGGCUGGAUGAUUUCAGUAUCGGACUUGAGAACUACCAUGACAGAGAACAACUCUAUGCAUCUUUCGGAUUUCCUUCACUUCCAGUCGAUCCUGAAACCCAAGAGGAAGAAUGGUUCUUCCGGAUUCCUAAUAUUGAAGAUGUUUUGAGUGUAUCAACUUGGCACUAUUUUGAUACUUGGCACCGUUUUGAUAGGAACUAUUUUUCCUUUUCUCGUGUUAAAGUGGAAGAUGUUCCAGUUGACGCUGUUAUCAGAGACUAA